AUGACAGCUUCUAAGUGGUUUCUUACCCUCUCACUUCACCCCCUCAACUUCCUUUAUCGCACUCUUCCACCGUAUCACCUCUCUCACCGGGUCAGACGCGGGGAUUGAAAGCCUCUCCGUCUCUCUCUCCCAGUGCGCCAGCGUGCGGCCGCGGGCCACCUGGCCGAGGAUGUGGGGAGGAGGUUUCCCUAUGUCCGUCACCGUGAUUGUGACUCUACUCCUGGUCAUUAUCGACGUGAAAGCCAGCGGGGAGUAUUGCCACGGCUGGCACGACUCUCAGGGAGUCUGGAAAGAAGGGUUCCAGUGCCCGGAGAAGAUCGAUGCAGAGGACGCGAUCAUCUGCUGCGGGAAGUGCGAGCUGCGCUACUGCUGCUCCAGCACGGACGCACGGCUGGAUCAGGGGAGCUGCGACAACGACCGACAGGCUCAGGAGCCCGGGACAGAGAGCAAAGAGAACAAGGACUCCGGUGCAGUGCCCAUCUAUGUGCCGUUCUUGAUCGUGGGCUCGGUGUUUGUGGCUUUCAUCCUGGUGGGUUCUGUGGUUGCUGUGUGCUGCUGCCGCUGCCUCCGACCCAAACAGGAGCUGUCAUCAGGAGGGGCAUCAGGAGGCGGUGCCAGCGGUGGGCGCCUCCUGGAAACCAUUCCCAUGAUGUCCAGCGCGGGCACCUCUAGAGGCUCAUCCUCCCGCCAGUCCAGCACAGCCACUUCGUCCAGCUCCUCUGCCCCGCCCGCUGCCUCCCGCCCCGCUGCCCCUCUCAUGCGGGCGCAGGCCUCCUGCUGCCUGCCCCCUGACGCCAGCGUCUUCGUCAACAUGCCCACCAACUUCUCUGUACUCAACUGCCAGCAGGCCACCCAAAUCAUGCCUCAUCAGGGACAGUUCCUACACCCGCAAUACAUCGGCUACGCCCACCCCGUGGCCCCUGCCGCAGCAUUCCUGGACCCCACCCAGGGAGGAUACAGACCCCUGCAGUCCCCCUGUCCUCCUCCCACCGGUGGGUCCAGUGUCACCAGUGACCAGAAAUACCCUCCAGUGACUGUGUGAUGAGGGGGCCAACCUGCAGACCACUCUGCCACUUUGUUGUGAAGACUAACUUGUGAAGUUUAACCUGUGCGGGCUGCGCCUGAGACCUUCAGUGGACACUGCCAGAGUGGAAAAGGAAAGGCAAGAGUCAGACUCACAUGAAGGACUCAUAAAGCCGUUACUGGCAGCAGGGCCUGCUCUGCUAUUGUGAGUGGUGUGUGUCUGUUUAGUGUGUCAUAUGAUCUCUUGGCAAGUUGGAAUGAGCUAAGCUCAGCCUACGAUGGGGUAAGAUGGAUGCAUAAACAACUGCAUAAUGGUGGGUUACACAGCCCAGAUGGGUAAUAAUGCACAGCUCAGUGCAGCCUGCAGCUCAAAUAAAGACUGUGCAUGUGUUUGUGUUUGCAUGUAUGUGUAUGUGAGAGAGAGAAAGAAAAGAUUUGUUGGUUUAUAUGUGUAGGAAUGAGUGAUGACUGGGUGAUUUAUAGCGGUGAACUGUAUGUAAAGUGGAUAUUCAAGCAAAAAAAAGAAUUAUGACCACAUGCUGUGUUUAUGCCAUGUGCACAUCUGCACUUGUGAAUGAUUGUGAAUGGUAUACAAUACAGAAUAUGUUUGUUUGCGUUUAAAGUAUGAGGAAAUGAAGCAUGUGAAAAGAUGUUUGUACUGUACGUGUGUGAAGUGUGGAGGGAUGUGGUCGUAUGAGUAACUGUGAGUUAACUGCAUGUAAUGGGAAAUGCAGGUGGUGUGAUGUGAAAGGCAGUCACAAUCUCCCUGUAGACCAUUUAAACUCUAAUGAAGUGAACACAGGACACAGACUGUAACACUCCACCCUACUAUAUAACCCCCCUCCUGCCACCCAAAAAGAAAAACCCCCCCCCCACAAAAAACAAAAAAAUACUGCCCCAACUGCCCUGAGCGGAAACACACUCAGACCCCAAAAAUGAAAAUAUUCAUGCAAGGCUGGCAGUUAAUGUACCUAAGAAGUGUGAGUGUGUGACAUAGAGAGGGAGUGAGAGGCAGUCCUCUGAAGAUUAGAGUUAAUUAUACAACGAAAACUCUGCCAAAUACCCCCUUCACUUCUCUCCUGUGAGAGGUGUGUGUGUGUAUGUGUGUGUGUGUAUUUAACACUCCCACAGUUCAGUGCAUUAGCUGAGGGCACGGGUAGCUCCAGGGCAGCUUUGAGUCACUAUUUUCCACAUAAGAAAGGAACAGAAAUGGCAGUUACUGGUUGUUCAUGUGAGAAAAAAAACGAAAAAAAAAAAAAAAACGGAGUGAAAGUUUUGUCAGCCAUUCUGUGUACUGUUGUGCAGCUGGGUCUGUAACACGACUGGUAACUCAGUAACAUGCAACUUCAGGAAUGUGCUGCUCCACUGAGCGUGCAGCCAAAGAUGUCCCAUAGUGCUGAAACUGGUACGUCUGUGUACCUCAUCUGUAUUCCGAGCACAGUGUCUGUAAGAUACAGUAGGCAGCUUGUGUGCGAUAAAAUAAGAACAUCUGUAAAAUGGUGGAUUCAUUUAGGUCCGAUGUGUUUGCUCCCUGUGAAAUACAGUGAUUUGAUGAUGCAGGAAUGACAUUUUUCAUAUGAAUUUGAGAAA